UGCGAAAUUUAAACACAUAACCAACGUUACGCAGUCAAUAAAUGUUUAGUAAUCCUUAGUCAGUGCAUACUACAGCAUCGUAAAUGAAUGCUCUCAAGGGUCAGUUAGGGUGGACUCACGUUUUUGGACCCAGUCACUAUUCGAUCCAAGCAGCUCCGAUCGCCCGGAAACCAAUCCAUGGUCAGCCGAAAACGGGAGCGAUGGUUCGCAUAAAAGCUGGUUUGAAGGAUCUAUUUCACGAGUAUUGUUCCAACAGUACAGUCCAUGGGGUGAGCUAUAUUAGUUCGAGAAGGUCACUUUUGGAACGGAUGUGGUGGCUUGUCGUCAUCGUUCUGGCUUUGUAUGGCUGUGGAAGGCUCAUCGGAAAGGUAUACAAUAAGUGGAAUGCCAAUCCAGUGAUUGUAAGUUUAGACGAACAUCCGACGCCAGUCUGGACGAUUCCUUUUCCCGCGGUCACUAUCUGCCCGGCAGCUAAAAUCCGUAGUAAACUGAUGAAUUUUACGGAUUCGUUCUACCGAUUUGCGUAUGGUACCCGAAAUGAGACGUUGAAUCCAACAGAAUUGGAUGAAUUGUUAGCAGUACUACAGAUAUGCGAUCGAUUUUUUCACAGUUCUCUUCGUAAUCUAAGCUUUGAUGAAACAAAAUCAAAAGUUGAUCUUGUUUCCAUUCUUCGGAGGCUUUCAAUACAACAGAGUGAUACUUUUAUGAUGUGUAAAAUGCACGAUAUUAGCUGCGAUAAAAAGUUCACUCAGACCAUUACCGAGGAGGGUAUUUGCUUUACGUACAAUGGCUUUUCCCAGAACGAUAUGUUCAGGACUGGAGUGUUGCAUGAUGACUACAAGUAUCUUUCGGAGACUAAGACCGCUACCAACUGGAGUCUUGAGGAAGGUUAUAAGCUUGGUACUCCGAUCGGAUCACAUCCGAUACGAGCGUUUGGUGCUGGAUUCGGAGCAGGCUUGACGGUUCAAUUGAUGAGUUUCAACGAAGAUAUCGAGCAGCACUGUAGAGAAGAUCAAGGUUUCAAAGUGAUCUUGCAUGCAUCAAACGAGUAUCCUCAAGUUUUGAAGAACUUCAUUUUGGUAACACUAGCUCGAGACAUAAAAAUAGCAGUAAGACCAUUAAUCGUUAGAACGGAUGAGUCUCUUCGAAGUUAUGGUUCAGAAAGACGUCAAUGUUACUUUAUUUGGGAACGGCAAUUGAAAUUUUUUCGUACUUACAGUAGAGGCAAUUGCGAACUCGAAUGUCUGGCAAAUUUUACCCUGAAGAUUUGCGGUUGUGUAAAGUUUUCCAUGCCUCGCUCGAACGGAACUCGCAUGUGCUCAACGCGGGAAAUGAAAUGUGUUCUGCGUGCUGAACCUAAGCUACUGAAGAAAUCUGCUCAACAUCGAUUACAACAACAAAGUAGUUUUGCUGUUCCGUGCAACUGCCUACCAGCAUGCACAUCGCUGUUGUAUGACGCGGAGAUCACUCAAUCGACGUAUAACUUUCACGAAACUCUGAACUUGCGAUAUGCUCCCAUUUGGCCACCCGUUCGGGAAUUUGUCAGCAGAAAACAAAUAUCAAAACUGGGAAUUUACUUCAAGGAGGCAAUGUUUCUCACCUCGAAACGAGAUGAACUGUACACGGCAAUCGAUUUCGUUGCAAACUGCGGUGGCAUACUAGGACUAUGUCUCGGUAUAAGUUUGUUCAGUCUGGUGGAGCUGCUCUAUUACUGCUUAUUGCGACCACUGGCGCUAGUUCGAAAGUCUGUUCGAGUGAAGCCAGCAGUUGUACAAGUGAAAGACGACACCAGAAUUCGAUUUUGAAUUUAACAAAAUUCAUUACUUUUACCGUUUUCAUCAGGAUUCAACGCGCGUUUUAAAAUUUGAACCUUACACUGGUGAAUGAAA